AUGAAGCCGCAUACUCCGCAACCGGAUGUUGCCGAUGACGCCAAAGCAUCAAAACUAAACUGCAGGGCAGUCGAGCAAGCAGUUUGCGACUCCGAGGUUUUCGAACAGAUCAACCCGAAAAUGCGUGCCUACUUCUCAACUCCCCAAUUCAUGGGACUCCUGCACCUGCUAGCCUCUGUUCCUAGCAUCGGUGCCAUCCCCAUGCCCCAGGAUGUCGUUGUCAUCGGGCCAAGCGUGAUCCCCGGUUUCACCACGGUAGAUGAGAUUUGCGGUGCAACUUAUGACGACCCUUUCCUGACCUGGGUCCGCUCCGGAGCGGCUCGUUUCCUUGGCAAAUUCAUCAAGGAGAACGGUGCCAACAACUGGGCCAACAAGAUUGACCAGCAGACCACGAAUGGCGGCAGUCAAGGCACGUCCAACCUCGCUUGCACCGAUCUGCUCACCGGAAACUGUGCUUUCCCUCAUGUGCAAUGUCGCUUCUAUACCCCUCCCGAGCUGUUCCACAUCAGGAACGCCAUGGCCAACGCCCACGCCAUGAUGACCGGCCUCCACGAGGGAUUGCAGAAUACAGCCAUCGUCGAGAGCUUGAGCAUCGAUCAGAUCGCAAAUGACUUUGGGCCUCCGAGUGCUUCUAACCCGGCGGGUCUCCUCAACGCCGCCUUCACGAUUGCUGCCGGCGCUGCCGCUCUCGACGCUUUGAUCGCGGGUCCGCUGACCAUAAUUGCCGGUGUUUUCGGCAUCUUGGCCAGCAGUGGGCUUAAGAACUUGGCCAGUGCUGUGUUUGGAGGUGUGAACACAGACAUCAUCCCUAACCCAGAGGGUGACGCGGAUCCUAUCAGCGCCUUCUUCUCCGGAGGCAAAUAUCUCUUCAAGGUCACCGCAGAGGGUAGCAUCGACACUGUUGUGAGCAACACAAUGAGUAUCGCUCAAAAGUAUAUCCGACAACGGCUAGUCAACUCCGCCCUCAAGGCCAAUAAUUACUACAUCUUUGUCGACACCGAUAUCACCGAUGGCAACAGGUGCGCGUCGGUCCAGGGAGCUGGCUCUCGCUUCAUCAACAACCAGUGUUUCCAGAUUCAUCACUUUGACCGCCCCGACGUGUUUACCGCUGGAGAGUCUUCGCCCAUUGAGCGUGAGAAAGUCCUCAAGCUCGAUGACGGCUCUUCCAAGUACAACUUCGUUAUGGAAGAGUUCUACGCCAAUGCGAAUGACUGCGCCGACAGGCACCCCAACUUCGACGGCUCAUUCAGCGGAUCCGUCCCUGUCGUGGGCAAUGCCGGCACGCCGUACCCAGAGUGCUUCUUCGAUUUGCCCGUUAUCAAGUCCUCCAAGUCACCCUGCUCCUUCGGUGACAAGUCGAAGCUUCCGGAGAACCUUGGAAUCACGGACUCCAGGUGCAGUCGUAUUGACCGCUGCUUGGGAAACCCCGGCUUCUGUAUUCCGAACUAA